AUGGCUCCGUCAUCUGAAACUUCCGUCCGCAAGAACAUGAUUCCUUCAUUUCUCUACGGUUCCUCCCCUAAAACCCUACCGGUUAUUCACCAGAUCAUCAACUCCGGCCCCGCUCCUUCCGCCGCCGCGUCGCCUUCUUUGACCGGAACUGGAUCUUUCAUGAUUCCUUCUCCUAAGGAAUCCGGUAAGAUCGAGAUGUACUCGCCGGCUUUCUAUGCUGCCUGUACCGCUGGUGGAAUUCUGAGCUGUGGUCUUACUCACAUGACCGUCACUCCUCUUGACUUAGUCAAGUGUAAUAUGCAGAUUGAUCCUACCAAGUACAAGAGCAUCUCAUCAGGGUUUGGAGUUUUGCUCAAGGAGCAGGGAGUUAAGGGCUUUUUCCGUGGCUGGGUGCCUACCUUGCUUGGUUACAGUGCACAGGGUGCUUGCAAAUUUGGAUUCUAUGAGUUCUUUAAGAAGUACUAUUCUGAUAUUGCUGGUCCAGAGUAUGCAAACAAGUACAAGACCUUGAUCUACCUUGCUGGUUCAGCUUCUGCUGAGGUCAUUGCCGAUGUUGCACUUUGCCCAUUUGAAGCUGUGAAAGUACGUGUUCAAACUCAGCCUGGUUUUGCUAGAGGUCUUGGUGAUGGGCUCCCAAAAUUUGUCAAAUCUGAAGGAGUUUUGGGGUUGUACAAGGGAUUAGUGCCUCUAUGGGGACGACAAAUUCCAUACACAAUGAUGAAAUUUGCUUCUUUUGAAACCAUUGUUGAGCAAAUCUAUAAACAUGCCAUCCCCAGGCCAAAGAGCGAGUGCAGCAAAUCUCUGCAACUUGGUGUCAGUUUUGCUGGUGGAUAUGUUGCUGGUGUACUUUGUGCAAUUGUGUCUCAUCCUGCUGAUAACCUUGUAUCUUUUCUGAACAACGCUAAAGGUGCCACAGUUGGUGAUGCUGUUAAGAAGUUUGGUGUUGUGGGUCUUUUCACCCGAGGCCUCCCUCUCCGUAUCGUUAUGAUUGGAACACUUACAGGAGCCCAGUGGGGAAUAUAUGAUGCUUUCAAAGUCUUUGUGGGGCUGCCAACAACUGGUGGUGCAGCUCCUCCUGCUGAGAUCGUAAAGGCAUAA